AAGUCAUUUUAGCAACGAGAUGUGCAGGCAAGCUUGCACAAGGACAGUGAGGCAAGAACACCGAGGACGCGCAUCCAAUGUGGAGGUUCAGUGCCUGAUUUGAGGACGUAUUGCAGAGUUCUAAAUUUGACUCAUGAACUAUGAAAGAAGUUGCGCGCGCGCGUGCUUUCAUUGAGUUUGGAUAAUAAUGGUUUGCUACAGACAUUUAUCACCCAGUUGAGAUUUCAUUGAAAGAAUCCGAAUCGUGUGGGGGAUUGUUAUUCUCAACGUGAUGGAUACAAAUGCGUUGGCUGUGUUUAAACUUUUAGUGGUUGGAAUUUUGGGAAGUGUUUGGAAUUGUACAUUUAAUGACCACCUGGUCAAAAUGUGAACUCUUGGAUGACAAGAGGAUUGUCAGCCACAGAGAAUAUCAAUGUUGAGUCUAUACCACGAAGGCCUAGUGUGGCUCUGUGCAACGAGACCCAGCUACUGUGGGAGAUGGAGGUGUGUGGGGAGGAAUUCAAGCGAAAGAUGGACCACGUGGAUCCCCAGAACUGGUGCAACUUAACACACUUCAUCAGUGAGUACCACCUUUUCUCGCUGUGCACGGAGACCAACGCCGGGCGCAUCAACUGCUACUGGCCCAACCCACUGGUGGAGAGCUACAUCAUCCGGAUCCACAAGCACUUCUUCUCCAACUGCACCCUGGAGAGGGUGAUCCUGGUGGACCCACCGGACGACACACUCACCAUCCUCAUCCUCAUUCCUGUCUUCCUCACCCUGGCCAUGAUCGCGCUGGUGGUGUGGUGCAGCAAGCGCAGCGACAUCCUGGCUUAGGAUCUUGGUUGGUUUGGUUCCCAUGUGACUGUCCAGCAUGUCCAGAGACCCAUAAACGUCUUUAUUGAGCCCUAGAUGAGGAAUUGGGUUAGGGAACCUACAGAGGGAACUUUUGUUUGUUCAUUGUGUCAUUUCAGGAUUAUGGUGGAUUGAAGGGAUUAAAGAAGCCACUUAACACCUUUGAAGGAGAUGCAUCCAAACUCAAUUUUUCGAGCUCGGGACUGUCCAAGGCCUUUUGAUAGAUAUACUGUACCCAAGGACCCAAGACACAUACGAGACAUUUAGGAUUGUUGAUCCUUUGUAUGAAAUGGGACUGAGGCCCAGGGACUGCUUAAAUAUGAUAAUUUAUAAGACAUGGUUAAACUUUUAAAUAUAUUCUCAUGAAGAUGUCUACUCAAUAGGACAAUAUGGACAAGCUGAGACCUGAAUAUGUACAGUACUUUUCUGUACCAGUGCCGUCUACUGUAUGGAAACUACAUUUUGGUCCCGUAUUGCCGCCAUGCUUUCUGUACAGUACUGUUUCUUCCUCACCUGUUAUGUGUUGUCACUAUCGGGUCAAGCUGCACAGAUGGCUAAAAUUAAAAAACAAAAAAGGGAUUUUUACCCUAUCCCUGAUUUUAUUUUGCCCAAAACUUAACCACAUCCCUAACCCAAAGCUUAAAUUCAGACAACAAAAAAAAGUAUAUUUUCAUGUUCAUACAUGUUCGUGAUAUACGGAAAUUGAGUGUGAACUUGGCCAUCGAGUGUGAACAAGCCCUAUAUGUGUACCUUAUAAUAGAGCAGUUGUUCUCUUGCAGUGUUUGUGGGGCGCCAGCGAGCACACACUGAAUCUACCUUCAUUAUUUCUCGUCUCUAGUUUGUCGUGGCAGUACCGCAGAAGUUAUCACUGAAUGCACUGCUUAGUUGGUGUAACAUCAGCAGGAAUUCUGCUCACGCUAAUUUGUAUUUAAUUCUGCUGUUUAAUCAUUCCGGUGAGGUAGGAACGUAAAUCACUGUCAAGAUUAGGAUCUCAUUUUGAGAAUUUCAUUUUGCCAGAAGUAAACUUUUGGUAUUGAGGAGCUAUUGGAUUGUUUACUGUACUGCUAUUUAAUGUUUUAAUUAAAUGACUUAGAAUAGGA